AUGAAUUCGCAGUUAUCGAUUCUCGUAGUUUUUUGUGUGAUUAUUGUUUCAGGACAGAGGGAAUAUUGUGAGGGACUGGAAAGAAAAUGCGAAGUGUGCCUUGGGACUUUAAACAAUAACGAUGAUCGUCAAAUGGCCUUCUUGAAUAAAGAGUGUAAGUCAAAAACCCAAAGAACCUGGGUCUGGAGGGACGUCCAUCGUUGUGAAUUUUUCAAAUUAAACUGCCUAGGUAAAGACCGACGAAUGAAUUGUAGUGAUGUGGCUGCGUUGGCUGGAAUGCGACGCACUCGAACUUAA